AUGUUCGUUUUGGGUUUUGCCGCGCGAAGCGAAGAAUCGCGAAAUGCCGCGAAGCAAGCACACUCCGACUGCGACGUCCACGCCGACCUGCACGAACUGGUCGCCCGCGACGAUAUCGAGGUGGUCGACAUUGUCCUGCCCAGCGAUCUUCACACCCAGGCCGCAACCGCAGCGCUGGAAGCCGGCAAACAUCUGCUGCUCGAAAAGCCAAUGGCCAUCACGUUGGCCGACUGCGAUCAAAUCAUCGAACUGGCCCGCAACAAGAAUCUGCUGUUGGCCGUCGGCCACGAGCUUCGUCUUUCUUCACUGUGGCACAAAGUGAAGGAGAUGGUCGAUGCCGGUGAGAUCGGCGAACCCAAGUACGCCUUGAUCGAGCUAUUUCGCAAUCCGUACCGGCAGGGCUCACAGAGUUGGCGUUACGACUUUGAACGGGUCGGAAGCUGGGUGUUGGAAGAACCCAUCCACUUCUUCGAUCUGGCCCGUUGGUAUCUCUCGUCCGUGGGCGACCCUGUUUCGGUCUUCGCCCGUGGGAGCUCGCUGCAAGAAGGGCAUCCCGAACUGCUCGAUAAUUUCUCAGCAACCGUUCGCUUCCCUGGCGACGCCUACGCGGUGGUGACCCAAACACUUGGCGGCUUCGAACACCAUCAAACGGUCAAGCUCACCGGAACCAAGGGGGCGUUGUGGGCUAGCUGGAGUGGUGCUAAAGACCGCACCCGUCACCCCAGCUUCUGGUUGAAACAUUUCGACGGCGAGCAAGUCCAGGAGAUUCCCAUCGAACGCAUCACCGGCGAAGUGUUCGAACUCGAAGAUCAAAUUGCCAUGAUGGUCGCCGCCGUACGGAACAACGCUCCCCUGGCCGCAACCGGGGAAGACGGGCGAUGGUCGGUGGCCAUGUGCCUGAAGGUUGGUGAUGCACCCGAUGUGGCUCGCGACAUGGCCGCCACAAUGCUCGAGACGAUUCGGUCGCUUCUUUCAUCGCAAGGACGAGCCGUGUUGAUCAUCCCGGUUGGGCCGGUCGAUCAAUAUCCGCUGUUUGCCGAAGCUAUCAACAACCAGGGCAUCUCUCUUCGCGACGUGACUUUCAUCUCGAUGGACGAGUAUCUCACCGACGACGAUUGCUGGAUUGACGAAUCGCACCCGCUAAGUUUUCGCGGCUACUUGAACCGUCUCUUCUACGACCGUCUCGACCCCUCGCUCGCACCACCGCGUCAGAAUCGCAUCGUCCCUGAUCCACAGAAUCCGCAGCGACUGACCCAAUGGAUUCAAGACAACGGUGGGGUCGAUGUUUGCUUCGGCGGAAUCGGAAUCAACGGGCACAUGGCCUUCAACGAACCGCCGGAGCCCGGCGAAACCUGUACCGUGGAAGAGUUCGCGGCUCGCCCAACCCGAGUUCUUGCGCUGUCGCGUGAGACUCGAGCGAUCAACUCAGUCACCGUCGGCGGAGAAAUCGAUGUCGUUCCCCGCCGUGCGGUCACCGUGGGGAUGAAAGAGAUCUUGGCCGCGAGGGCGUUACGUUUCUACUGCAAUCGCCCCUGGCAGUCCUGCGUUGCCCGGCGAGUGCUGCACGGCCCGAUCGCGGCCGCAUGUCCUGCGUCGCUGAUGCGUACUCACAACGAUGCCGUGUUAACGGUCGCCGAAUAUGUUGCGCAGGAACCUGAGAUCGGAUUGCGUUAG